AUGCCUCCAGUCGUGCUUGAACCUACUAGAAGACGACGCAUGGGCACUGCAGUGGCCACACUGUGGGUUGUGGUCUCUUUCCUGUGCCUCUUAUGGGCGAACCGCAAGCACAAUGAGCUCCGCCAAGAGUCCAGUCUUGAUCGCGUGGACAACGCACCUCUGCCAGUGGUACAACCACAGUCGCCUGCUGAGCUGAACCGCCUCGAAGUCGCAGACGUGAACCUAUACUCGCCACUUAUCAAGAGAAUCGCCCAAAGCGACACAGAGCCAGACUCGGACUCGGACGAUGAAGAUGAAGAUGACGAGGACGAAGAUCAGGAAAGCGAUGGUGCGGGCGGCGGGGAUCCCAACGAGACCUGGCCCAAACAAGUCGCUCGUGGUUGUCAGCUUGUCGAAUUGAUGAAGACCAAGGAUUCUGAGCUCGAAGCAAAGCACAGGACACCUUGGAACAGCUGCAAUCAACUGGAGCAAUAUGGUUGGGAACUCUCGAAGGAUACGACAGGAGAUCUUGGUGCUCAUCCCAACGCCGAUGAGCAGAAAGACUCUGUCAACUCGGCACUUGGAAAAUUGGGAAUACCACAACUACCAUCCGAGCCGAACGAUCAGUCAGGCGGGUGGCAGAAAGUGGCAUGGAUACACAGCCGUCAGUCCACCGUCAAUGGCGUCACCUACCCGGCCACAGGAGCAUACAUUAUCAAUUACUACAACCCCGGCUCGGGCAUUAUCAUUGCAGCCAACGUGAAGUCGGCAGCUAAGAUGAGACCUGAUCUGCCGAAAGAUCAGCUCGUUCCCCUUGGGCAAUGGUCCGAUAUCACAGCGUUGACCUGGGCCGACAUGUGCCAAAUCCAUAGUCAAUCUUGCCGCACACUCAGGUACGUCAUGCACAUCAAUAUCGCCGGCGAUGUGGCUGGCGAGAUCUUACCGGAAGUCAUCGACAAAGAGCUCGAUGAGCUUGGUUCGUACGAUGAUGCCGUGACAGUCCUCGGUAUGCCAGACUCCGACAAGGCUCGUGCUGCGAUCGGCUUUCCAAACGGUAGGGGUGUGGGAUACUUGCUGGUCCAACAUAAGGCCAUGUUCGGUGACACCAGGACAAUACGAGAGAUCAAAGUCUGGAACUCGAACAAUGGAGUGCAGGAGCAGAUGUCGUUCUUCAAUGAGGUGCCGAACAUGCUCUACAGUUUUUCAUGA